AUGGCGGCUGCAGUCCGGCGGUCUCCCUAUAAAGACUUCCUGCAGCCCGCGCUGCAGCGGCGCUUUGCCACGGCUACGCUGGUCGUGUUGGCCACCGCAUACUUUGAGGCCCUGCUGCUGGCGAGGUGGUCGUCAUGGCUCUGGUCCUGGUUCCCCCUCGGCCCGACCGGCUUCCGCGCGGCGCUCUUCUUCCUCUGUGGUAUCUUCGUCAUCAUCCUGCGCAUCUCGCAGUACCACCCCGGUAUACGCACUUCCGACUCGCCGAUCGCGACCCUCGUGCGCUAUGCGCCACGCUGGACGACCUUCGAGACGCUGUUCACGUAUGCCCUCUCCGCCUGGAUCUUCAGUCUCGUCUACCUCGGCACGGUGCCCGACGACGCGGGGUUCGAGCGCAUCACCUAUUUCACGUACGACCGCGCCCGGCUGAACGAGAAGCCUAUCUUCCUUACGACCCAUCUGGUACUACUGGGGAUUUACCAGGGCGUGAGACAUCUUUACUCGGAUAUUGACCGUUUGUCGCUUGGGACUGCUCAGCCCUCUAAUGGCGACUCUAGCAAAGCGACUGGCGAAGAUGGCCAUGUGUCGACCCAGAUGCGCCGCUUCCGUGACCAGCUCCCCAAGAUAGUCGUGCACAGCCUGCACCAGUCGGUCAUGGGGCUUUUGUUGAGCGCAUCACUGUAUCCACUUUUGCUGCGCGACCUUCUCUGGAGGGUCAACAUGACGAUGCUGCGGCCACUUUACAGCCUGCCGCGGACCAAUGUCCCGCCUGCCAACCUCCCAUACUCCCCGUCGACCCUUCUGCGCUGCUUGGCAGCCAGCGUGAUGGUCAUGUUUGCAUGGACCGCUGCCAAUACCGCCUUCUCGUUGUUGCUGGUUAAGAGCCCCCUAAAGAACGGGAAACCGUUGACGGCUGAUGCAAAGGAUCCGAAUGGUAGCUUGCUGAAUGGGUUGAAGAAUAAGAAGCUGUCGAUCAAGUGCUUCGCCAUGUGGGAGCUCGCCUACAUCGCACGCGACUUCCCUGAUCGCCGCAAGGCCAUCUUCGAAGACAUGGACCGCAAAGACGGCCCCAUGUGGUCCCAAGUCUACAAGAUCUGCCUCGACACGCUGCACACCCUCUCUUCCAACAUCGACGCUUAUACUGCUCCUCCAGCGCCAGCGACUACCCCCCAGCAGGCCGAGACAGCCCUAGGAGACAAGCCUCGCACCUCCGCCCCGCCUAAAGAAGACCAUAUCUUCGCCCCUCUCCCCUCAAACAAGUCCGCUUUCCGCACCUCAGUUAGCUCCGCCUUUCAAAACGCAGCCCUCGCCGGCCCCGGCGGCCCGCCUGCCUCCCUCAGCCCCGUCGCGAAACGCACCCUCCACGCAGCUCGUUCUCGCCUGCUCGAAGCAGCUGCCCCGAAUGCCGAAAUUGAGGUCACACCAUCCUCUUUCUUCCGCGAACUCGCCCUGAAAUAUGUCCUGUCCUCGCCACUGGCGGGGUAUCCCUUCCGACAGACGCGUCGGCGCAGGCUGGCUAGCGCAGUCCUCGGCUCGCCGUAUGGUGAGCCAUCGCUGUACGUGAACGCCGCAUCCGCCGUGUCCGGCCUAGCGGUGUCCUCGCUCCGCGAGGAUCGAUAUGGUCACGUGCAGCGGGAUGUGGCGUCUCUAAUCAGGGAACUUACUUCCCUGGGGGAAAAACUCAAUGCCUUUGUUAACGAGGGCGGUAUGGGUAAGCACUGGACGGAUGUGGUGGAGCUGGAGGGGGAGGAUAAGUGCGAGGAGGUUGAGGAAGUGGUCAACGCGGUGAAGCAUGCGUUGAAGAGGGUUAUCGUGGCGUUUGAGCCGUACGCGAGAGAUUUGAGGCUGACGAGGGGGGAGGUGAAGAAGGCGAGGGAGGUGGCGGGGUUGGAACAAGAGGUCGAAGUUAGGGAGGUGAUGCCGGAGAUGGUGCAGAUUCGGUGA